GAUCAUAUAAAUGAAAUGAGAGAGGAGUUGACUGACCUAUUAGAGCAGCAGAGCAGAUUGGCAAGAGCGCGAGCUGAACAAGAAAAGAAACACGCUUUAGAAAUCAAUAGACAAGCUCAGAAAAUGCAACUUCUUGAUCUACAAAAGCAAUACCAGGACACACUGAAAGAAGAUGAGAGCAGGAUAUCGCAACAAAAGAAGAGGGUGAAUUUAUUGAAGAGAGACUUGAAACAGAGAGAACUGCUGAUGGCUGAAGAGGCCAGGAAUCGAACCUACGACCUAAUUACACAGCAGAGAACUGCAGCACUUCAAGCCCUUAUCCACGAAAUUGAUAGCAAGAGAGCUGUAGAAGAGAGAAGAUUGAGGGAAGUGGAAGAAGAGACGCUAGAACGGCACCAACAAUUAUUGCAUGAGAAGCAACAAAUGGAGCAACAACUGGCAGUUUUAGCUGAGGCGCCAAUUCCAGUCGUUUCAAAGCAAGAUCAACUAGGUGUGCAGUUGGACCAAUUGACUGAGCAGCUGAUCAAGAUUCGGAGUAAAACCUCACAAAUGAACGAGAAGAGAGAUUUCAGGAAAUCAAGGAAACUAUCAGAGGCCGAAUCUCUGCUCGAGAAAGCUGAAUUCGAGCUGGCACAAGAAGUCGCCCAACGACAAAAGGCUACGUGUAGUAGUCAACAUAACUUGCAGGCAAUGGAACUCACAACAGAAACUAGGGAUUUGCAAAACUGUAUUGAUCAGAUGCACGAUACUUUGGUCCAAAAGAAACUGCAAGAGUCGUGGGACUUGAUAAACGCUGCCAGAGAGAGCAGAGACGAACGUAAAUUACUUGAAAAGGAUCUGGCUCAAUUGACGGAUAUACUGAGAGCUGAUACGAGAGAUGAAUUUGGUUCAGAUGAAUCGUCCACAUCAACAUCAUCAUCUCAAUUGUGGGAGAAUAGGAAGUUCAAUACAUUCCAUGGACGCGAUUUGUGUGGCCGAAAUACUGAUUUCUACAGAAAACAGCAAGAUGCCAUCAAAUCAAGCCAUGAUAUCAGACAGCGUCUUCUUUCUCAACAAGAUACAUGACCAGAAUUAUUAUAAUGUAUUAGAUACAGUUCAUCAUUAUUUUCUUUUAAUUAUUCAAAAAACUACUCGAAUGAGUUGUAAAUAGCAUUGUUCAUUAUUAUUUUCUUUUAAUUAUUUAAAAUACUACUCGAAUGAGUUGUAAAUAGCAUAAUAUGUGACAUAAUAGUUCCUGAUUGUAUGUAGAAAGUUCGUUUUGGAAAUGUACAGUUUUCUAUCAUAAAUUGAGUAUUUUCACCUAUUUAUUAGAAUGAACUUUUCAAUCACUGUUAUCAAUAAUUAUGAUUUAUUAAAAGACAAAUUACAUAGACUUGAGUCUGCGAAUUUCACUACUUUACCUGUACCUGUUAUUAUACUGUUAUCACUAUUAAACCUGUUCAAUCUAUAUUAUUAUACAGAAAAGAAUCGUGAUUAACAAAGGGUAAUAGUUUAUGGUUUGAUAUAACACCAUUUAUGUCAAACGUUUGUUACAAUAUAAAUAAAUAAAUUUAAUAUA